CGUCUAAAAUUCCCCACAUCUUAUUUUGCGCCGGUUUGGUUAAAAAUUCAGCCGAAUCCACGUUGAUUUGAAACCAGCACAAGCCAAAGGAAAAUAAACUCAUCAUUACCAGCCGGACACAAGAGUCCUUUAUUCAUUUCCUUCUUUAGAGGCCGCAGUAACCUUGAAGCCAGAUUGCAGCCUUUCGGAAAUCCCUUGUUAGAAAUGGCUAGUCAUUGAGUCUUCGCUGCGGAUGUGAUAGUUUGAUUAAACGCUGGCGGUAACCGUGCCUUACAAUGGGAGCGAACUCUGGUGGAAGGUACGAUUCCUGGACUAUGUAAAGCGGUGUUUAGAAUGUGCGGAAGUGAAUUCUGACGGUGAAAUACACCCUCUGAAUAAACUUGGACACACAAGGGAGCAAGUUGUGGAUGGUGCCACAUGGAGGCAGGAAUUUGAGCUGAAGUUGCCCCCAGUACGGAUGUGUCUUGCAAUACGUGUUUGCCUUGGCCUCUUGGUGUGAUAUCUCUGGAAAGGACGUAACAUCCUCCUGGCGGCAUUGAACUGCUGUGACGAUUUGAGAAUGCCGCAGCCUAGAGUGAGGUUAAUAGUGACUGGUGAUGAUUUUGGAUAUUGCUUGAGGAGGAAUCGAGGUAUUAUGGAAUGCUUCAACGCGAGAGCAAUUUCCAAUGUUUCCUUAUUGGUAAAUGGCACUGCAGCUAAAGAGGCUGCUAUAUCAGCUGUAAGAAACAAGGUUCCACUUGGUCUUCACGCAAACCUUUCUGAGGGCCUGCCUGUCUGUCACCAACUCCGAAUGGGUUCUUCCCUUGUCAACAAGGAUGGCUUUUUCCAUGGGAAGAUGGGAAUUAGGGAAGUACUGAAGAGUGGCCAUAUCAACCUGUCUGAGGUAGACCAGGAGUUAAGAGGACAGGUAGAUCUGUUCUGUGAACUAACAGGACAUUUACCUCACCAUAUGGAUGGACACCAGCAUGUUCAUGUUUUACCAGGUAUAAGAGAUAUAUUUGCACAAGUACUUUCAGAUUAUGGAAUCAAGUAUACUCGAGUCCCUAUAGAACCAGGCCUGCAUGACUGUGAUUGGAUAGGACAACAGCUGAUGGACUUCUAUCUGCAAGUCGAAAAAGAUGCAUUCAAUUCAAUAGACGUAUUUAAACAACAUGGAAUCAGGUGGGCUGAUAUCUAUAUUGGCCUAACAACAAUGGGGAAAAAUAUGUCAGUAUCAAAUAUCCAGCGAGUUAUUGAGAAUGCCAUAGCCACAAGGGCAGACAUCUCCUGUGGGAAAAGAUUCCGACGUCUGCAGGAUGAUGCAAUAUUGACAAUGGAAUUAAUGGUACAUCCUGGUUAUCCCAGCUUUCCUGAAGAGGGUGGAUGCGGUGAAGGGCCUGAUGAGUUUUCGAUGUCUGCAGAUAGAUUUCUUGAACUGCAAACCCUCAAGGAGUCAAAGCUACUAAAAUAUUAUGAGGACAAAAAUAUACAACUGUGCUCUUUCAAAGACAUAAAGGAAAUAGGAUCUGAGAAAAUAAUUCAGAGGGAGGGAGACGAACAUAGACUUGAGGCUUUCAGGGACUAGAAGAUGGCAAUGCCAGAAAUCUUUGCAAAUUAAAUGCCAUGGAAUCACAGAAAAAGACAUGGGUUUACAAGUGAAACUAGAUUAUCCAAUAUUUCACUGGUCAUACAGAAAAAUACUUAACCUUUAAUGGAAUUGGAAUUCAACUACAGUAAGAAAUCCCCUUUCGGAAACUUCAGUUCCAAUCAGAGCAGAUAUCAGUGCCAAUUCUUAACGAAAAUCUAAAUCAUCAGUUGAACUUAUUGGGUGUUCAAGGAAAUAGAAAUUAUGUUCAGUGCUGUGUUUCAAAUACUUCAAAGUUUGCUACCCACAGCAUCAAACAAUGAAGUAACAAGGCAACCAAUUUUGAUAAAAUUAAUGCCUCAGAGAAAGCUUGUAUUUAGAAAGCAUUAAACUAUACUUAUAUAAAUGAAUACUGACAUACAGAAUUACAAAACAAUGUGCAAUAACUUGAAACUUAAUAUGAAGACAUGGGAGAAAUCAUUGAUUAAUGAUUAAAAUCAGCAUUUGGUCAUAAAUAAAAACUGGUGACAAACUGUUCAACUGAACAAUUUUCACAGAAUCACAGAACUGCUGUGACACAGGAGGCUAUACAUCCCAUCAUGCCUGCACAAGUUCAGUUAGCUACUGCUAAUCACCUGUCUUUUUCCCCCGCCAUGUCCCUGAACAGCAUCAUUAUCUAAAUUAUCAUCCAAUGCCUUUCUGAAUGCCUCAAUUACAGCAUGCAUUUGUGGGCACUGGAGUAUGUCUCUAGUUCCUUGAUGCAAAGUACUAUGUUAUCCAUCAUAGAGUUAUUGGCAAAGUUUAUGGUUUGGACGGUCCUAAUACAAACAUAACUGCACCCAUAAAUUCCUGAAACACUACAGUCUAUGCUGCCCACGAGGUUAUUUCACAACUGUGAGGUGGACGGGAGAGUAUCCUAGGUCUGGAUGGCUGCUGAUUGGUUGUACUCAAGUAUGCGGUUUUUAAAAAACGGUUUUGAUUUGACUGACUUUUGACUUAAAUACCAGACAAUGUGCUGUUGUAUAAAGGUAACAGAACAUUCAAAUGAAUCUUAAUAGAAUUGUCAAAUAAAAUUUAAUGAUUUGGCUCUUGUAA